AUGAUUGAUUUAUGGGAGGUGAAAUUAGAAAAAAAUGAGCACAGUUUUAUUCCUCGACUUGUGUCCCAUAUUGAUUUGGCCUCAGAUAAGCAGGAGCUGAAUGAUCGUCUAAAAAGCGUAUUUUUGGACAAAAUUAAGGGAUUGACGGAGGGAAACUUGGUGCAAAAAUGGGCGAAGAAACUGGAGAAUGCUGUGGUUGAGAUCAAGGUGAUUUCAGAUAAAUUGAAGAAGCCGUCACAGCUAAGAAUCUUUCAAGAGUUGAAGAGGAAAAAGCAAGGAUUGGAGGCUGAGAGAGAUUUGAUCUCAAAGAGGGUUGAAGAAUUCAAGAGUGGGCUGAGGUGUAUUGUUGAUUAUUUGGAGAAUGAGGAGAAAACGGAGCUGGUGGUAGAGGUGUUUCAUUUAGAGGGAGAGGUUGACUGGGGAAGGAUUUACAGCCUGUUAAGGAGGGAAUGUAGGCGGCUUGAUGAAGGAUUGCCAAUUUAUGCAUAUCGGCAUGAUCUUUUGAAACAAAUUCACGGCCAGCAGAUAACAGUGCUGAUAGGGGAGACUGGCUCAGGAAAGAGCACGCAAUUGGUUCAGUUUCUUGCUGAUUCGGGAAUAUUUGGUCACGAGUCUAUUGUUUGCACUCAGCCACGUAAACUUGCUGCCAUCUCGUUGGCAGAAAGGGUUAAAGAGGAAAGUUGUGGUUGUUCCAAAGACACUUCAGUUAUUUUUUGUUCAUCAUGUUCGUCAUCUCAGGAGUUCGGUUGUAAGGUUAUAUUCAUGACUGACCACUGCCUACUGCAACACUACAUGAGCGAUGUGCAAUUAUCCCGGAUCUCAUGCAUUAUUGUUGAUGAGGCUCAUGAAAGAAGCUUGAACACUGAUCUCCUUCUGUCGAUGAUUAAGAAUCUACUCGGUCAGAGGCCUGAUUUGAGGCUUAUAAUUAUGUCUGCAACAGCUGAUGCAGACCAGUUGGCAGACUACUUUUUUGGUUGUGGAACCUUUCACGUGGCGGGCAGAAAUUAUCCGGUUGAUAUUAAAUACGUCCCAUGCAAUGAAGGAUAUUUCAGUCCUCGAUUGAUUGCGUCAUAUGUUUGUGAUGUUGUGAGGAUGGUGACUGAGAUCCACAAAACAGAGAAGGACGGAACAAUACUUGCCUUCUUGACCUCUCAGAUGGAAGUAGAAUGGGCUUGUGAGAUGUUUCAAGCUCCGUCUGCCAGUGUGUUACCUUUACAUGGAAAACUUUCUUACGAGGACCAACAUCGAGUUUUUCUGAACUACCCAGGAAAAAGAAAAGUUAUAUUCACCACUAACGUUGCUGAGACAUCAUUGACAAUUCCAGGGGUCAAAUAUGUGGUUGAUUCUGGAAUGGUGAAGGAAAGCAGAUUUGAUCCUGCCACUGGCAUGAACGUUUUAAGGGUUUGCAGAAUCAGCCAGAGCUCUGCAAAUCAACGGGCCGGUCGUGCUGGGAGAACUGAGCCUGGAACAUGUUAUAGACUCUACACAGAAGAUGAUUAUUCUUCGAUGCUGCCUCAUCAGGAACCAGAAAUUCGUAUGGUUCAUCUUGGUGUUGCAGUUCUGAGGAUUCUUGCUUUAGGCAUCAAGAAUGUGGAGGAUUUUGAUUUUGUUGAUGCACCCAGUGUCAGAGCGAUAGAGAUGGCCACCGGAAAUCUUAUUCAAUUAGGAGCUGUUGUAGUGAGAGAUGAUGCUCAUGAAUUAACCAAAGAAGGUUGGGAUUUAGUUAAGUUGGGUAUUGAACCUCGUCUUGGUAAAAUAAUCCUUAAAUGUUUCCAUGAGCGUCUAGGUAUUGAGGGCCUUGUUCUUGCUGCAGUUAUGGCAAAUUCUAGUAGCAUAUUUUGCAGGAUUGGUACAGAGGAAGAUAAGUUGAAAUCUGAUUGCCUUAAGGUGCAAUUUUGCCACCAAAAUGGGGAUCUCUUCACUUUGCUGUCUGUUUAUAAAAAGUGGGAGGCUGUGCCUCAGGAAAGGAAAAAUAUCUGGUGCUGGGAAAAUAGCAUUAAUGCGAAGGCCAUGAAGAGAUGCCAUGACACUGUGCAAGAACUGGAAGCUUGCCUUAAGCAUGAAUGCAAUAUUAUUGUGCCAAGUUACUGGCGUUGGGAUCCUCACAUUACUGAGCAUGAUGAAACUUUGAAAAAUGUAAUUCUUUCUUCCCUUGCAGAAAAUGUGGCAAUGUACUCUGGGUAUGAUCAACUUGGAUAUGAAGUGGCAUCGACUGGGAAACAUGUUCAACUGCAUCCUUCAUGUUCUUUACUAAACUUUAGUCAGAGGCCACGAUGGGUGGUUUUUGGAGAGGUUCUCUCUGUAUCUAAUGAGUAUCUGGUCUGUGUUACUGCAAUUGACUAUAAAUCUUUGUCUACUCUUUCUCCUCCGCCAGUUUUUGAUUUCUUGAAGAUGGAUAGCCAGCAGUUGCAGAAGAGGGUUUUGCCGGGACUCGGAAGUGUAGUGCUAAAAAGAUUCUGUGGGAAAUGUAAUAGUAAUGUAUGCCAUCUUGUUUCUUGCAUUAGAGCUUCAUGUAUGGAUGAACGGAUAGGUAUUGAAGUUUGUGUAGAUAGCAAUGAAAUAUUUUUGUAUGCUUCUUCUCAAGACAUGGAGAAAGUUUGGAGCACUGUGAAUGAUGCAUUGGGGUAUGAAAUUAAGUUGCUGCAGAAUGAAUGCUUGGAGAAAUGUUUGUAUAAGGGAGGACCCAAGGUCUUUCCUUCAGUUGCUCUGUUUGGAGCUGGUGCCAAGAUAAAACAUCUGGAGCUUGAGAAGAGAUUUUUGACUGUGGACAUAUUUCAUUCAAAUUUGGAUGCCCUUCAUGAUAAGGAGCUCCUCAUGUUCUUGGAGAGAUUCACCUCAGGUGAUAUUUGUGCCAUUUACAAGUUCUCAGGCAUUGGCCAAGACAGCAGGGAGAACGGAAAGUGGGGAAGGGUAACGUUUUUAACACCUGAUGCUGCUGAGAAAGCUGUUGAUUUAAAUCAGUUUGAGUAUGGUGGUGGCUUGUUAAAGGUAGUUCCUUCAAGGAACCCCUAUGGUGGUGAUCACAAAUCGGCUUCAUUACCCUCUUUUAAAGCAAAAAUAUAUUGGCCUCGUAGGGUCAGUAAAGGGGUAGCAAUUGUGAAGUGUCAUCCGAGGGAUGUCAUCUUUAUGGUUAGUGACUUCUCCGAUCUGAUGAUUGGAGGUAAAAUUGUUCGGUCUGUACCUGGUGAGAAGUAUAUGGACAGCGUUGUGAUUAAGGGACUGGAUAAGGAACUCUCUGAAGAUGAUAUAUUUGAGGUGCUAAAUGCAGCAACAAGCAAACAGAUCCUGGACUUCUUUUUAUUGAGAGGAGAUGCUGUGGAUGAUCCUCCAAUCCUGGUUUGUCAGGAAGCAAUUCUGCGAGAAAUUUCCCCCUUUAUGCCUAGAAGGGGCCUACAGGGUAACUCUGUCUGCGUUCAGGUCUACCAACCAGAACCAAAGGAUAGUUGCAUGAGAGCCUUAAUUACAUUUGACGGAAAUUUACAUUUGGAGGCAGCGAAGGCUUUGGAGCAAAUUGCUGGGAAAGUAUUGCCUGGAUGUCUUUCCUGGCAGAGGAUAAGAUGCCAGCAACUGUUUCAUAGCUCUGUAUCCUGUCCUGCACCUGUCUAUCUUGUUAUCGAGAAACAGCUGGAUUCUUUACUUUCAAGGGUUCAGCGGCGAAAGGGUGCCGAAUGUAACCUAGAGAGGAACCAGAAUGGUUCUUAUCGAGUAAAGAUAUCUGCCAGUGCUACAAAAGUUUUGGUUGAAUUGAGAAGACCUCUGGAGCAGCUCAUGAACGGGACGAUCUUACAACAUGCUGAUAUUACUCCUGCAGUUAUACAGCAUCUCUUUUCACGAGAUGGUGUUAUGCUUUUGAAAUCAAUUCAGCGAGAUACAGGAACCUAUAUACUAUUUGACAAGCAUAGCCUAAUUAUCAGGGUGUUUGGGUCUGCAGACAAGAUUGAUGUUGCACAGCAGAGGCUGGUCAAAUCCCUUCUUGCUCUCCAUGAUAGUAAGAAACUUGAGAUCCAACUUCGUGGUGGACUUCUACCUCCUGAUAUGAUGAAGAGAUUAGUUCAGAAUUUUGGAUCAGACCUUCACGGGCUUAAAGAAAAUGUUCCCGAGGCAGAGUUCUCUUUAAAUGCCAGACGCCAUUGCAUAUCUAUGGUUGGGACCAAAGAAUUGAAGCAAAAAGUUGAAGGCAUAAUUCAUGAUAUCGCACAAACUAGUCUACAAAGUCAAGGAAAUGACGACGAUUUUGCCUGUCCGAUUUGCUUGUGUGAAGUGGAAGAUGGUUACAGGCUCGAAGGCUGUACACACGAGUUCUGUCGGUUAUGCUUAGUAGAUCAGUGUGAGUCUGCUAUAAGAAGUCAAGACAGUUUCCCCUUAGUCUGUACACGUAACGGCUGUGGGGCUCUGAUUCUGCUUACAGACUUGAGGUCUUUAUUGUCUAGUGAGAAGUUGGAGGAACUUUUCAGGGCAUCCCUGGGUGCAUUUGUGGCAGGGAGUGGGGGCGCUUAUAGAUUUUGUCCUUCACCUGACUGUCCAUCAGUUUAUCGAGUGGCAGAUCGUGGUACUUCAAGCGAACUAUUUGCCUGCGGUUUGUGUUUAGUGGAGACAUGUACACGGUGCCACAUGGAGUAUCAUCCAUACGUGUCAUGCGAGAAGUAUCAGGAGUUCAAAGACGACCCUGAUUCUUCUCUGAAGGAAUGGUGUAACGGGAGAGAGAAUGUGAAGAAGUGCCCAUGCUGUGGUUUCACGAUUGAGAAGGUGGAGGGGUGCAAUCAUGUCGAGUGUAGGUGCGGGAGACACAUUUGCUGGGUCUGUUUGGAGUGUUAUGGGAGCAGUGAUGAUUGCUAUGGUCAUCUGAGGUGCACACAUCUCCUAAUGCAUGAAGAUGUGCAUACGAUGUCGAUGAAAAGAGCAUCUGAAUCUACAUGUUUUGGGAAUUUACAGUGA